AUGCCGGAAGUUGAAUCCAAUGACGCUUUACGAAUAUUGGAUAUCGGCAAAGGCACUUCAAAAGCGCUUUCUACUGGCUCUGACUCAUGCGCUGGUAGUAUGCUGAACUACUCGGAAAUUGAGGAUGAUGACACACCACUUGAUCAGAAACACUUGAAUCUUGUUCACGAGGAGUUGGAGAAGCUCAACAUUGCUACCGACGUAAUCAAUAAACUUGAAGUUCAACUUGACGGCGCUCGAGCGUGCUUUAGGGAAAUCCAAGCUUGCUGGUCCGAGAAGCUGAAGGAUUUGUCGAAAAAAUACAGUUCAGCGAUCGCUAAAGCUCGACCUUACUAUGAAGCAAAGAUUCAGGAACGCAAACUACGCGAUGAAUCACAACGAGCAGCGAUUCGUUUCGAGAGAGCCACGUCACUUUUGGCCGUUGCCAAACAACAAGUGGCUUUAACUCAAGAUAGUCUUAACCGCGAGACUACAGUACAACCUGAAUGUCUUGAAGUUCUCAACCAUCACAUUCAACGCGUCAAUGAGGCAGAAAAAGAGCGAGUUAUCAGUGGUAAUGAGCACCGUGCGAUUUCCGAACGGUUAAUGACGUUGGCGGAUCAGAUCCGCAAAAUGGAGAAGGACCAACGGUCAUCCAUAAAGAAAUCACGGACGUAUUUCGACCAGCGAUUAGAAUUCACGCGCGUCUUAGAACGUCAGAAAGAGCUGAUAUUAAGACUUGAGGCUGAGGUACGGCAAAAGAAGUGCGACUAUACGACGUCGUUACGGAAUUUAGAACGCAUUUCCGAUUCCAUCCAUGAGCAAAGAAGUUUAGGAGGAUGGUCUGCUCGUGAUCCGCCUGCAAAUCCCCCACCCUACCAACCAACUGCACCACCGCCUUAUGAGGACGAUGACGGAAGAUAUGCUAUCAGCCAUGAAGCGGAUGAUGUGAUCGAUCCAGUGCUUUGUUUGAUGAGCGCAAAUGAUUGUGCCGAUUGGCCGCAACGUCCUGGAGGACUUGGAUCUGGUGUCAUUCUUCUUGCUCAGCAGCUGAUUGGAGGGGGUGGAUCUGAAAAACGAAAGAUGCAGUCGAACGCACAUUCUCCCCACAUGAAUUCUCCGUCACCGUCUGAUGUUAGCUAUCGAACAUUACCGCAAGGUAUAACGAAUUCCCCCAGCGAUUCGUCUGAAGUCUCCUCGUUAGCCAGCGUUCGCACGUCUGGUUUGGGACUCACCGAGGAUGAAGCGCUUUCCGGAAUGCUGCGAAGUCAUUCGACAUUGAUAAAGGAAAUUGAAUCUGCCACUGAUCGAGUGGAUAAUAUGCUUCAUCGCAGUGUAAGUGAUGCGGAACAUGAAAGUAGUAGCGAGAGUACGACGGCAGUCUGA